AUGGGUGCCCUCAAGUACGUUGAAGAGAUUCAAAAGAAGAAGCAGUCCGACGUGAUUCGCUUCCUUCUGCGCGUCCGCUGCUGGGAGCUCCGUCAGUUGAACGCUAUCCACCGUGCUUCCCGUCCCUCUCGCCCCGACAAGGCCCGUCGUCUCGGCUACAAGGCUAAGCAGGGAUAUGUUAUCUACCGUAUCCGUGUGAGACGCGGUGGCCGCAAGCGCCCCGUCCCCAAGGGUGCCACCUACGGCAAGCCCACCAACAUGGGUGUUAACCAGCUCAAGUACCAGCGUGCUCUCGCUGCUACCGCUGAGGAGCGUGUCGGUCGCCGUUGCGCCAACUUGCGUGUCCUGAACUCCUACUGGAUCAACCAGGACUCCACCUACAAGUACUUCGAGGUUAUCCUCGUCGACCCCCAGCACAAGGCGAUCCGCCGUGAUGCCCGCAUCAACUGGAUCUGCAACGCCGUUCACAAGCACCGUGAAGCCCGUGGUCUCACCGCUACCGGCAAGAAGUCCCGUGGUAUCAACAAGGGCCACCGCUACAACAACACCUCGUCCGGUCGCCGCCACACCUGGAAGCGCCAGAACACCCAGAGCUACUGGAGAUACCGUUAA